AUGGAUAACGUUAGUGGCAAAGCAUCGGAUCAGAAAAGAACAGGCGUUUGCCAAGAGAAUGGUGUGACAAAUGGAUUCCAUCCUACACAAACUGGCAACGGGAGCUGCAAUGCCUUAGGUUCAAACGGAACCAGUAGUAGUGAAGGCUGUAGUAGUAGUAGUAGUAGUAGUAGUAGUAGCCAUAAUGGAAUUGAACAUUUCCGCGAUCUUCAGGUCCAGGAGGACGUCCAUAAUAAUGGGUCGCCUCUAAAGCGGUGCAGACUCAGGAGAAGAAUGGAUUCUGGCAAAAAGAGCAGACCGCGUAAGUAGGAUACAAUUGUAAUGCAAUAUUUUAGCCUCAACGCUAACUGUCAUGUCGGCUGUCAAAAAUCGGCUACUUAUUUGCAUUAUGCAAAUUAGACGACAUUGAAACUGUACACAUUCGGUCAAAUCUGCCCUACGCAAUUUUUAAGCAUCCUCUCAGAAAUGACAAGCACAGCAGGGUUUUCUGUCAAAGCAUUGAUUGCACAUCAUUCUGGGUUUCCGAUAUUACACAUCGAAAGUGAAGAUCGCCUGGAUUUUCUAUGGUGGCAUCUCUAUUUCCAUGAAACAAUGAACCAGUUAGACUUGCUGCUGCUGGAUAGAAUAUCGCUUUGUGUUGCGAGGCUUUGCCAAGAAUAUCAAUAAGCAAGCCUACCCGCUAUGUUUGUGGAGAAUUUGUUUGUAAGCCUAUUCCUGUAUCCUCCAACAACAUUCCAGGUAUUUCUGAGAAAUGCACAAUUACUCAAAUAAUAAGAAUCAAGCACCAUAAAUAAGUAAUUCUGUAUUGUUUAUCCAUUUUUUUAUCAUAUACUAAUGCGACAUAUUAUUUGAUUCAAUGUAACCCUCCCGGUAAUAGAACAUGAGAUGUAUCAUCUUUCUCUCCUCCCCUUUGCAAUUGUGAGAUCUUUGAUGUUGUCCGUUGAACCAUUUCAUUGGUCGUUUCAAAGUCAGGAGGUGUGCUGAAAUCGCUGCUGAUAUGAGAGCCAGCUCCUUUUGACCAAUCAGUCGUCAGUACUUGCUUAAGGGGGUUGGCUGAAGAAACUGACAGAGCAGCCAGCUCCAUGAACAACACAGUAUGUUGCUCUGUCUCCGCUAUAACGCUGUAAAACAAGUUUGUCACUCACCAUGCCAGUUAAGUGUAGUCUGCUUUAUUGCUGCGACGACAUCAUGCCACAAUGCAAUAGGACUGAUUGAGUGAUACUACUACUCAUAGCCCAAGUCUUGGAUUGAAUUGUAUUUGACCAUAAGCACUUUGACCUGAGGAUCACAAUGAAGCUUAUUGUUAAAAAGCCAGGUAAGAUUUUCUACUCUACUGUAUUUUAAAGGGCUGAGAUAUACGUAUUUACUUACUUUUAUUUGCUUAUUAACAUCUCUUGCUACCGUGGCUGAAUCAAAUCUCAGCAAACAAACAGCAAUUUACCUAAUUUCUUAUACUGCAAUGCUAUACACACUGGGCGUCAGGAACGAUUUGGCUGUUUUGGUAAGAAGCUGUCUUUAUCUGUGUGGUGAAUGCAUGCAGCUCAGCCAUUCAUCCAAGAGGUUGCUACACUAUGCUGGCUUGUCUGCAUUCCUCUGGGCACUGAUCAAAUAUGUCUGGAAUCCAAACAGACAGCUUCUAUUAUAUAAUUUAAUAGGAGUGAUUGUGAACAAUAGUUGAAAGUUGAUAAAAUCCACUUGGCAUGAAGACAAAUACAAAUGUUUACCCUCCAGCAGAGGAGGCUGGUGGGAUGAGCUAUCGGAGGAUGGGCUCAUUGUAAUGGCUGUAAUAUAAUUAAUGGGACAGAGUCAAACAUGUUGUUUCCAUAUGUUUGAUCUGUUUAAUACCGUUCCAAAUAUUCCAUUCCAGCCAUUACAAUGAGCCUGUCCUCCUAUAGCUCCUCCCACCAGCCUCCUCUGCCCUCCAGUAUGAUCAAUCGAAUAAGCAUAAUAUGAUUUGCUGAUGUCAGCUAAUUGGUAGUUCCCUUUGAAUGCCACGAACUGAAUACCAAAUGGAGCUAGGCUGUGCCAGUCACUCAAUUAUGGAAAUGUAUGGCAUUAAAUCCUUGACUUGAUCUUUGGUCCUUUGUUGCACAUGCAUGUGUGUGUGACCACUGUAAGGCUCUGCUCUGACUAGCUGCUGAGAACUUUGCUCUCUGGGUGGGGGAAUAAACACACCUUUCACCUAUAAGUGCUGCCAGUCACGGUGCCCUGGCUACCAGGUUACAGCACAUGUUCUUACUGCACUUCAGCAGCAAUCACACCAGGCCUGAGCAUGUAUUGACCUGCUGGUUGCUCCUCGGUUGAGAUGUCAAGCCUCUGUUUGGGCUGUCUGUUUGUGGUCUUACCAUACUCCUCACUCAGCCUACUAGAGACUGGGCUCAGACAUUAACUGAGGAUGAGUGGUAGUGUGGCAUUCAGUGUAUUCAGAAAGUAUUCAGACCCCUUGACUUUUUCAACAUUUUGUUACAUUACAGCCUUAUUCUAAAAUGGAUGAAAUUAUUUUAUUCCCCUCAUCAAUCUACACACAAUAUCCCAUAAUGACAAAUCAAAAACAGUUAUUUAGAAAAUGUUGCACAUGUAUUAAAAAUAAAAAUGGAAAUAUGACAUUUACAUAAGUAUUCAGACCCUUUACUCAGUACUUUGUUGAAGCACCUUUGGCAGCAAUUACAGCCUCGAGUCUUCUUGGGUAUGACGCUACAAGCUUGGCACACCUUUAUUUGGGGUGUUUCUCCCAUUCCUCUCAAGCUAUGUCAGGUUGGAUGGGGAGUGUCGCUGCACAGCUAUUUUCAGGUCUCUCCAGAGAUAUUAGAUCGGGUUCAAGUCCAGGCUCUGGCUGGGCCACUCAAGGACAGUCAGAGACUUGUCCCGAAGCCACUCCUGCGUUGUCUUGGCUGUGUGCUUAGGGUUGUUAUCCUGUUGGAAGGUGAACCUUUGCCCCAGUCUGAGGUCCUGAGCGACAAGUCUGAGGUCUGGAGCAGGUUUUCAUCAAGGAUCUCUCUGUACUUUGCUCUGUUCAUCUUUCCCUCGAUCCUGACUAGUCUCCCAGUCCCUGCCGCUGAAAAACAUCCCCACAGCAUGAUGCUGCCACCACCAUGCUUCACCGUAGGGAUGGUGCCAGGUUUCCUCCAGAUGUGACGCUUGGCAUUCAGGCAAAGAGUUCAAUCUUGGUUUCAUCAGACCAGAGAAUCUUAUUUAUCAUGGUCUGAGAGUCCUUUAGGUGCCUUUUGGCAGACUCCAAGCAGGCUAACAUGUGCCUUUUACUGAGGAGUGGCUUCCGUCUGGCCACUCUACCAUAAAGGCCUGAUUGGUGGAGUGCUGCAGAGAUGGUUGUCCUUCUGAUUCUCCCAUAGGAACUCUGGAGCUCUAUCAGAGUGACCAUUGGGUUCUUGGUCACCUCCAUGACCAAGGUCCUUCUCCCCCGAUUUCUCAGUUUGGCUGGGCGGCCAGCUCUAGGAAGAGUCUUGGUGGUUCCAAACUUCUCCCAUUUAAGAAUAAUGGAGGCCACUGUGUUCUUGGGGACCUUCAAUGCUGCAGACAUUUUUUGGUACCCUUCCCUAGAUCUGUGCCUCAACACAAUCCUGUCUCGGAGCUCUACGGACAAUUCCUUCGACCUCAUGGCUUGGUUUUUGCUCUGACAUGCACUGUCAACUGUGGGACCUUAUAUAAACAGGUGUGUGCCUUUCCAAAUCAUGUCCAAUCAAUUGAAUUUACCACAGGUGGACUCCAAUUGCAAACAUUUCUAAAAACCUGUUUCACAUUGUCAUUAUGGGGUAUUGUGUGUAGAUUGAUGAAGAAAAACAAUGAUUUAAUACAUUUUAGAAUAAGGCUGUAACGUAACAAAAUGUGGAAAAAGCCAAGGGGUCUGAAUACUUUCCAAAUGCACUGUAAAUGGAAACCAGCCUACUAGAGACUGGGCUCAGACAUUAACUGUGAAGGCGUGGUAGUGUGGCAUACAUGGAAACAUUCAGUCAUAAGCUCUACAUUGAAAUUACAGUAAAAGUAAUAUAGUUUAGCCAUUACUUGAGAAUGCAUGGCAGAAAUGGAAACAUUCAGUCAAAUAUCUCCUCUGUAAAAUGACAGUGAAAUCAUUGCAAAGCAAGAUCUGUCUGAAGAAUCACUGACUGAAGGUAUUGAAAUCAGGUGAUUAGGUCAGUAAAGAUUCCAGAGUACACAUUUACACAGAUCAAUACAUCAAUGUUAUGUCAGGUUCCUAGAAAUCGAUUGUCCAACCCAGAUUACACCACCAUUACACCUCUGAUAUCUUGGAUCAACCACAGGAGGUACAAAUUGUACAUUUUGCAUUGCAAGCCAGAACCAAAUCAACAAUGACAUCUCAAAUUUGACUAUUUUAAGCACCUCAAGCAUGUCUUUUGGUUCCUGUUUUUCUGUAGCUUCACACAGAGUUGAAUGUAACCGGGCUGGUUUGUGGAAUGAACCAUAAGGGACUUUACACCCUUCUGUCAAAUGAAGUGCUAUUGAUUGAAAAGCCAGGGGGAAGGAACCAGUUUGCCUGCCUAUGUAUUGACUACAUACAGUAUUCAUUGUACUGUACACUCAGUAGUUAAUUGAGGGUUGAGCAAGCUCUCCAGGCAGUCUUCUCUCUAUGCUGGUGUUUCUAUGGCAACAAAGCCCUCAGCUUUUGUUGCAGAAUGAACACACUGCUGUGAAUUUCAGAGGACCCCCACUCCCUCCCUCCCUCUUCCUCUUCCUCCCUCCUCUUCCUCCCCUCUCCCUUCCUCCCCUUCCUCCCCUCUCCCUCCCUCCCCUCCCCUCCCCUUCCUCCCCUCUCCCUCUCUCCAAAAAAGAGAGAAAAAUGUUAGUGAUCACUAAUAAGAAGACGUGUGCAUAGUAUGACAUGAUGGUUUCGUCUUCAGUGAAAUCAAGUUAGAAAAUGCAACAUAGGUCUGCACAGUUGAUUGGUAGGCCUGACCUAUAUGGAGCAAUAGCUUAGUUGUGACACAGAAAGAACGCUAGAGCCCUCUCUUUUGAGAGCUUGUGUAUCCAUUUAUCGAAAGAUAAUUUUGCAUAAUUUCUAAAGAGCUAAACAGUGCUUUUCUACAGGCAACGGUGACCAAGCUCUUCCUGAAAUGACUAACUCAUCUCUUAAAACACCUUUUGUUUUCUAUUCCAGCCUUCCCCUGGUUUGGGAUGGACAUCGGCGGCACCCUGGUGAAGUUGGUCUACUUCGAGCCCAAGGACAUCACGGCGGAGGAGGAGCAGGAGGAGGUGGAGAGCCUGAAGAGCAUCCGCCACUUCCUGACCUCCAACGUGGCCUACGGCAACACGGGCAUCCGCGACGUCCACCUGGAGCUGAAGAACCUGACCAUGUGCGGCCGGAAGGGCAACCUGCACUUCAUCCGCUUCCCCACCCAGGACAUGCUGGGCUUCAUCCAGAUGGGCCGAGAUAAGAACUUCUCCAGCCUGCACACCACACUCUGCGCCACCGGCGGAGGGGCCUACAAGUUUGAGGAGGACUUUAGGACGGUGCGUGAUGGUUGGAGGAACUGUUGGGUGUUGUCAGACAGGGAGAGUGACUGAUAGUGACAGACUAUGUGAAUUCAUGUGCUAUUGUGUGUUAUUACAUGUGUCAUUAGUCAGUUAAAGAUCGCGUGGCAUGAUAAUUUACAUUUACAUUUAAGUCAUUUAGCAGACGCUCUUAUCCAGAGCGACUUACAAAUUGGUGCAUUCAACUUAGGAUAGCCAGUGGGACAACCACCACUGGGGGAUCAUUGAAGGCAACAUGGUUUCUCAUGUGAUUAGAUGAGAGUAGGUGUACAGUAAGGGAAAAAAGUAUUUGAUCCCCUGCUGAUUUUGUACGUUUGCCCACUGACAAAGAAAUGAUCAGUCUAUAAUUUUAAUGGUAGGUUUAUUUGAACAGUGAAAGACAGAAUAACAACAAAAAAAUCUAGAAAAACGCAUGUCAAAAAUUUUAUAAAUUGAUUUGCAUUUUAAUGAGGGAAAUAACUAUUUGACCCCUCUGCAAAACAUGACUUAGUACUUGGUGGCAAAACCCUUGUUGGCAAUCACAGAGGUCAGACGUUUCUUGUAGUUGGCCACCAGGUUUGCACACAUCUCAGGAGGGAUUUUGUUCCACUCCUCUUUGCAGAUCUUCUCCAAGUCAUUAAGGUUUCGAGGCUGACGUUUGGCAACUCGAACCUUCAGCUUCCUCCACAUAUUUUCUAUGGGAUUAAGGUCUGGAGACUGGCUAGGCCACUCCAGGACCUUAAUGGGCUUCUUCUUGAGCCACUCCUUUGUUGCCUUGGCUGUGUGUUUUGCGUCAUUGUCAUGCUGGAAUACCCAUCCACGACCCAUUUUCAAUGCCCUGGCUGAGGGAAGGAGGUUCUCACCCAAGAUUUGACGGUACAUGGCCCCGUCCAUCGUCCCUUUGAUGCGGUGAAGUUGUCCUGUCCCCUUAGUAGAAAAACACCCCCAAAGCAUAAUGUUUCCACCUCCAUGUUUGACGGUGGGGAUGGUGUUCUUGGGGUCAUAGGCAGCAUUCCUCCUCCUCCAAACACGGCGAGUUGAGUUGAUGCCAAAGAGCUCGAUUUUGUUCUCAUCUGACCACAACACUUUCAAUCAGUUCUCCUCUGAAUCAUUCAGAUGUUCAUUGGCAAACAUCAGACGGCCCUGUAUAUGUGCUUUCUUGAGCAGGGGGACCUUGCGGGCGCUGCAGGAUUUCAGUCCUUCAUGGCGUAGUGUGUUACCAAUUGUUUUCUUGGUGACUAUGGUCCCAGCUGCCUUGAGAUCAUUGACAAGAUCCUCCCGUGUAGUUCUGGGCUGAUUCCUCACCGUUCUCAUGAUCAUUGCAACUCCACGAGGUGAGAUCUUGCAUGGAGCCCCAGGCAGAGGGAGACUGACAGUUCUUUUGUGUUUCUUCCAUUUGCGAAUAAUCGCACCAACUGUUGUCACCUUCUCACCAAGCUGCUUGGCGAUGGUCUUGUAGCCCAUUCCAGCCUUGUGUAGCCUUGUGUCUACAAUCUUGUCCCUGACAUCCUUGGAGAGCUCUUUGGUCUUGGCCAUGGUGGAGAGUUUGGAAUCUGAUUGAUUGAUUGCUUCUGUGGACCUUUUAUACAGGUAAUAAACUGAGAUUAGGAGCACUCCCUUUAAGAGUGUGCUCCUAAUCUCAGCUCGUUACCUGUAUAAAAGAUACCUUGGAGCCAGAAAUCUUUCUGAUUGAGAGGGGGUCAAAUACUUAUUUCCCUCAUUAAAAUGCAAAUCAAUUUAUAACAUUUUUGACAUGCGUUUUUCUGGAUUUUUUUGUUGUUAUUCUGUCUCUCACUGUUCAAAUAAACCUACCAUUAAAAUUAUAGACUGAUCAUUUCUUUGUCAGUGGGCAAACGUACAAAAUCAGCAGGGGAUCAAAUACUUUUUUUCCCUCACACCCUCUAGGUAUGUUACAGACAGCAUGCUCAAACUUGGAGGAGUUACCAUUGCAUAUCAAAACCACUCCAGUUUCUCCUUCUGUCUUAUAGAUCUUAUGCUUUCCAUCUCCCAGAUCGCCAACCUAGAGCUACAGAAGCUAGACGAACUGGAUUGUCUUAUCCAGGGGCUUCUCUAUGUGGACUCAGUGGGGUUCAAUGGCCAUCCAGAGUGCUACUUUUUCGAGAACCCCUCCGACCCCGAAAGUGAGAACUGUGUCAAGAGAACGUGUUGCCUUGACAACCCCUUCCCCAUGUUGUUGGUAAACAUUGGCUCGGGCGUCAGCAUCCUGGCAGUCUAUUCGAAGGACAACUACAAACGGGUCACAGGCACCAGGUAAAUAAAUGUCAUCUGAUGCUGUUUUAGUGUAAGCAAACAGAGGUCAUUCUGUGUCACUCCACAUCAUGAUAGCUGUAUGUAUUUAAUCUGAUAACACAGUUCUGUCACAAUAUCUUGCUCGCAUCCAUCUGUUUUCAAUGUAUUCAUGUUUUGAGUGUAGAUAAUAGUUACCAUGACAACUAGUUAAUAACUUCUUAGUCAAAUAAAACUUUCCAACUGGGCAAAACUGGUUGAAUCAAUGUUGUUUCCAUGUCAUUUAAAUUUUAAAAAAUCAUUUUUUUUAUAGAAUCUUAUUUAACGUUGAAUCUCAGUGGAAACAUUUCUGGAUGUGAAAAAAAUUCAGUCAGGGAUUUUUUUUUUUGUGUGUGUUUUUUUGACCCAACUUUUAACCUAAAUCCAAUGACCCAGUGAAUUUUUUUUGUUGAUUUCACGUUGAAUUCACAUUAGUUGACAACUCAACCAAAUAUAAACCAAAACUAGACGUAGAAAUAUCGUAGAAAGCCCAGUGGGUUGUUUCCUGCAAGCUAAACAGAUAUGUACAACCCAUAGAGUAGUAGCUCACAUAAUUGCCUGUCCCCCACAGUUUGGGAGGUGGGACGUUCCUAGGCCUGUGCUGCUUGCUGACUGGCUGCGAGACAUUUGAGGAGGCCCUGGAAAUGGCGGCGAAGGGGGACAGCAGCAACGUGGACAAACUGGUGAAGGACAUCUACGGAGGAGACUAUGAACGCUUCGGGCUCCAGGGGUCUACUGUUGCAUCUAGGUGAGUUCUAAGUUAACUAAUACAUGUUGUUACCUCAAGACCUCAAGUAACAAUAUGCUUUGAAAACGGAGUAUAAUGGAAACUAACCCAAUGAAUUAUUUAUUGCAGUUUUGGUCAUAUGAUGAGCAAGGAGAAGCGUGACAGCAUCAGUAAGGAGGACCUAGCCCGAGCCACUCUCGUCACCAUCACCAACAACAUUGGUUCUAUUGCUCGUAUGUGUGCGGUUAAUGAGGUACGAAGGCAAAGAUUGUUGUCACAUUAGCAAUCAAAUUCCGUUUUACUUCGUUGAGUCAUUCAAAUAGUGAGAAUAUACAGGUAACUGACAAAAAUAAUGGGAACACUUGUUGGUGUUUCCUUUAUUUUGUCAGUUACCUGGAGCAUACUGGGGUGUGACAGAAGGGUAAAAGUUCUCACCGUUAUUUUCUUUCAUCAUGAAACAAAGGAGUGAAGUGGACAGCCAGUGUGAUGGAUGAUGGGAAUGGACUCUGUGUUCUUUCAGCUUCUUUACAGUGUUGCCUUGUGGCAUGGAGAUCAAGCAGCAUUGUACAGGGCUAUCAAAGCACACAGAACAACAACAGUAAAAGCUUGUUCUCUACCUACAUUUUAGAACCUAAAAUGUUCUCUACCUACAGUAUAUAGUACUCUAAAUACCCCAAUUCAUGUUGUUAAGUUCAAAAGAAUACAAGAUAAAAUUGCUGACACUAUUCAAACCAAUGAGGGUUCGGAACUUUAAAUCCAAUUAUCUCAGAAUCAUAUUUUUGCAGAUAGAACCUUAGGGGGGCUUUCAGACCAAAUUAAUUUGGUGUUUUAUUUACGAACUUUGGUGUUUUAUUUCCGGACUGGUGUGAACACUAUCCGCACUCGGGAGCACACUAAACAACGCACCGUGGUUCGCUCAAAAAGGGGUGGUCUCAGUCCGAUUCAAUUCGUACUGUGGUGCAGUUCACUGCCCCUUGAGCAACCCCAUUGUAAUGUUUUGAGCGCAAUGUGCACAAGUGUUUCUAGCUACCUAUGCAUGUAGAGUCCAGUGAAUUAAUUGGGGGAAGUCUUACGACAUGCCUGAACAGUACACUGCCUUUUUUGCUUUGGUGGAUUUUUAUUUAGAAUGAACAGUCUUGUUAUUCUGGCAGCCCCGCAACUAUGUAAUUAACGGAAGUUGAGCUGUUCAUUAUUGGCUAUUGCUCAACCUUUCUCUCCCUUGCUGCUCAGUCACUGAAGCAUAAGACAGAUUCUUCCACUGCUGUUACUUCAGGUUCUCUCCCCUAGAUGGCAGCCAGACACCCAUCUAUGCUAUUAAUAUGAGAGUAGGCCCAAGGUCUUCAAACUAAUAUUUUUGUGGACAUAAAUUACUUUUAAAAUAUCGCAUUCUGUCUUGCUUUGUGAAACAGUCAUUCUAAAAAAGUCUGGUUUACCAAUGGUUCAAUGUUGUCUUUCAGAAAAUUGAAAGAGUGGUGUUUGUUGGGAAUUUCCUGAGAAUCAAUACUGUGUCAACGAAGCUGCUUGCGUACGCCAUGGACUUUUGGUCCAAAGGACAAUUAAAAGCUCUCUUCUUAGAGCAUGAGGUAAGUAGUUUGCGAUAUGGUCAUAUGCUCAUUGGAAUGCAUUGAUCUAAGGGCAGUGUCACUGAGUCACUUCACAAUGCAAUUUGUACAAAGUAUGUGUAGUGUGAGGGAUGUUUCUGUGCUCUAAGGGGCCGAUUCAGACGUAGGAAAUCUAAGCUUUUUUACGCGUUUUGAUUUAAGCACUUCAAAUCAAAUUUUAUUUGUCACAUGCGUCGAAUACAACAGGUGUAGACCUUACCGUGAAAUGCUUACUUACAAGCUCUUAACCAACAAUGCAGUUCAAGAAAUAGAGUUAAUAAAUAUUUACUAAAUAAACUAAAGUUAAAAAUAAAAUAAAAGUGACACAAUUAAAUAACAAUAAUGAGGCUAUAUACAGGGUGUACCGGUACCGAGUCAAUGUGCAGGUGUACAGGUUAGUCGAUAAUUUGUACAUGUAGGUAGGGGUAAAGUGACUAUGUAUAGAUUAUAAUAAACAGCGAGUAGCAGCAGUGUAAAAACAAAGGGGGGGGGGGGGGGGGGGGGGGGGGGGAGGGGGGGGGGGGGGGCAGCAAUGUAAAUAGUCCGGGUGGCCAUUUGAUGAAUUGUUCAGCGGUCUUAUGGCUUGGCUCAGUAGUAUUCAGACUUACCUUGUGCAGGUGCGUAACACGCUUUGUGGGUGUGUCUCCCUUACGCCCGCUAAAAACCCUCCCACUUGUUGGCCAAUAGAUUUUAUCGUGGAGUUUUCAUUCAAUAGGGUUUUCAGUACAUUUAUCAAAAGCAAUCCCUUUAAAUAUGGUGUACCUUUUAAUUAGAUUUUUCUGAAGACUCACUAGAAUAAAUUGAAAGAAUGGGUUCAGAAUAUUAGAGAUCAAUGAAAGAAAGCCAUCUAAAUAUAUGCAUAUUCGUCUCCGUUUCAGCACCAAUUGGUAGAUUUAAAAAUACUCUGAUCUUGUAAAUUAUUUAGGGCUCAGAAAAUAUUCAUGAAUAAUGAAAAAGACUGGUCUGGAGAGCAUUUACGCACAAAAUAUAUUGGUGAAUCAAAAAUACAGUUGUUGAUUCUUCCUGAAAGUUGCCAUAUUCAAUUGUUCAAGCCAUGAAAUAUUGGAUGGGGAAGAAAGUGUAGAAUAGUGGUUGAACAAUAGUUAUAUAAAUCCACCCUAAUCCUCUGCGUUCCAUAAUGAUUCCAAUAGGCUACAUGUCCCAAAUUAUUGCACAACUUGUAAGACGUUAGCCUAAUAUUAUCCACUAUUGCUAGAGACUCUCAUGAACGACCACACAGACGUGACCGAGGAAAGAAAGGUCAACGAAUGAUGCUAAAAUGUAGGCUACAAAUUGAAACGAACACUAAGUGACAGUUAUAAAUAUAUGUGGCACAGGAGGCUGCUGAGGGGAGGACGGCUCAUAAUAAUAGCUCAAAUGGAGUGAAUGGAAUGGUAUCAAACACAUGGAAACAAUGUGUUUGAUUAGUUCGAUUACCAUUCCAUUUAUUCCUUUCCAGCCAUAUACAGACCACAUGGCGCCGGAGGGGAUGGCUGCCGUUUUACGGGCUCCUAACCAACUGUGCUAUUUUGUUAGUUUUUUCGCAUUGUUUGUAACUCAUUUUGUACAUAAUGUUGUUGCUACCUUCUCUUUUGACCGAAAAUAACUUCUGGACAUCAAAUCAGCAAUUACUCACCUCGAAAUGGACAAAGAUUUUUUUAUUUAAUGAGUCUGACGCGAAGAAUAUACUUCUUUGUCAAGACAAGGCCCAAAUCCCCGUCAUCAGUGUGAAGAAAAGACAGAGAAAAAGGGGGAGGAGGGUUUGGUGCCUUGUAAGAAUUUGCUGAUGAGUAGGUAAACCACCAUUACCCUCUGUUUUAUUGGCCAACGUGCAAUCAUUGGAAAACAAACAGGAAAAUCUACGAUUAAGACUAUCCUACCAACGGGACAGUAAAACUGUAAUAUCUUAUGUUUCACCGAGACGUGGCUGAGCGACGACACGGAUAAUAUAGAGCUGGCUGGCUUCGCCGUGCAUCGGCAGGACAGAGCUGCUACGUCUGGUAAGACGAGAGGCGGGGGUGUGUGUCUAUUUGUCAAUGACUGCUGGUGCGCGAUGUCUAAUAUUAAAGAAGUCUCGAGCUAUUGCUCGCCUGAGGUAGAGUACCUCAUGAUAGGCUGUAGACCACACUAUCUACCUAGAGAGUUCUCAUCUAUAUUAUUCGUAGCUGUCUAUUUACCACCACAAACCGAUGCUGGCACUAAGAGCGCACUCAACGAGCUAUAUAAGGCCAUGAGCAAACAAGAAAAUGCUCAUCCGGAAGCGGCGAUUCUAGUGGCCGGGGACUUCAUCCAAUGGCAUUGAGGAGUAUACCACCUCAGUCACCGGCUUCAUCAAUAAGUGCAUCGACGACGUCGUCCCCACAGUGACCGUACGUACAUAUCCCAACCAGAAGCCAUGGAUUACAGGCAACAUCCGCACCGAGCUAAAGGCUAGAGCUGCCACUUUCAAGGAGUGGGACACUAAUCCGGACGCUUAUAAGAAAGCCCGCUAUGCCCUCAGAUUAAUCCUCAAACAGGCAAAGCGUCAGUACAGGACUAAGAUUGAAUCCUACUACACCGGCUCUGACGCUCGUCGGAUGUGGCAGGGCUUGAAAACUAUUAUGGACUACAAAGGGAAACCCAACCGCGAGCUGCCCAGUGACGCGAGCCUACCAGACGAGCUAAAUGCCUUUUAACUGGCAAGUGUCUUCACUGACAUUUUCAACCUCUCCCUGACCGAGUCUGUAAUACCUACAUAAGGGUAGGCAACAACACAUCUGCCAUGCUGAUCCUCAACACUGGGGCCCCUCAGGGGUGCGUGCUUAGUCCCCUCCUGUACUCCCUGUUCACCCACGACCCUGUGGCCAAGCACGACUCCAACACCGUCAUUAAGUUUGCUGACGACACAACAGUGGUAGGCCUGAUCACAGACAAUGAUGAGACAGCCUAUAGGGAGGAGGUCAGAGACCUGGCAAUGUGGUGCCAGGACAACAAUCUCUCCCUCAGUGUGAGCAAGACAAAGGAGCUGAUCGUGGACUAUAGGAAAAGGAAGGCCGAACAGGCCCCCAUUCACAUCGACAGGGCUGAAGUGGAGCAGGUCGAGAGUUUGAAGUUCCUUGGUGUCCAAAUCACCAACAAACUAUCAUGGUCCAAACACACCAAGACAGUUGUGAAGAGGGCACGACAAUACAUUUUCCCCCUCAGGAGACUGAAAAGAUUUGGCAUGGGUCCCCAGAUCCUAAAAAGUUCUACAGCUGCACCAUCGAGAGAAUCCUGACCGGUUGCAUCACCGCCUGGUAUGGCAACUGCUCGGCAUCCGACCCUAAGGCGCUACAGAUGGUAGUGCGUACAGCCCAGUACAUCACUGGGGCCGAGCUUCCUGACAUCCAGGACCUAUAUACUAGGCGGUGUCAGAGGAAGGCCCAAAAAAUUGUCAAAGACUCCAGUCACCCAAGUCAUAGACUCCGUUACCGGAGCGCCAAGUCUAGGACCAAAAGGCUCCUUAACAGCUUCUACCCCCAAGCCAUAAGACUGCUGAACAAUUAAUAAAAUGGCCACCCAGACCCCCCCCCCCCCCCCCCCCCCUUUGUUUUUACACUGCUGCUACUCGCUGUUUAUUGUCUAUGCAUAGUCACUUUACAAAUUACCUUGACUAACCUGUACCCCGGCACAUUGACUCGGUAUCGGUACCCCCUGUAUAUAGCCUCGUUACUGUUAUGUAAUUUUGUUGUGUUACUUAAUUAUUAUUUUAAAAAAAAAAAAUCGUAAAUAUUUUCGUAACUUUAUUUAUUGAACUGCAUUGUUGGUUAAGGGCUUGUAAGUAAAAAUUUCAUCAUUUUUAUUUACAAUCCGCUUAUCUGAAAGGAUUACUCUCUUAUCAAUAGUAAAUUACAGUGCUUGGAGAAUGGUGUUAUUUCUAUCGGGGGGAAAAGUUGAUGUUUUUCCACUUGGAACCGAUAGGUUGCUUGACCUUUUUCAUGGUUUCCUUGCUCGUGAAGAUGGUGGAAUUAUGAGGGAAUUAAGUAAAGGUCAGAAUACGCGUAUCUGUAGACACACCUUUACCACACCUCCAUUUCUGCGAUCUCCACCCCAAACGAAUACCUGGCUGGGACAUAUGUUUCCCCGUGCUUCAGUUCAAAGGUCAGAAUGCGUGCAGAGAGGAUAUUGUGUGUGUGAAAACAUCCUUUGUAAGUCGCUCUGGAUAAGAGCGUCUGCUAAAUGACUUAAAUGUUAAAUGUUAAAUAAUUACGUUUCAUGUACUCAAGCAGCACACUUGUAGUUGUUUUAGUCUCCUAAUUGUACCAUGAAAAGGGUCAACAACAGAUCAUCUGCAUAUACACUGCUCAAAAAAAUAAAGGGAACACUAAAAUAACACAUCCUAGAUCUGAAUGAAUGAAAUAAUCUUAUUAAAUACUUUUUUCUUUACAUAGUUGAAUGUGCUGACAACAAAAUCACACAAAAAUGAUCAAUGGAAAUCAAAUGUAUCAACCCAUGGAGGUCUGGAUUUGGAGUCACCCUCAAAAUUAAAGUGGAAAACCACACUACAGGCUGAUCCAACUUUGAUGUAAUGUCCUUAAAACAAGUCAAAAUGAGGCUCAGUAGUGUGUGUGGCCUCCACGUGCCUGUAUGACCUCCCUACAACGCCUGGGCAUGCUCCUGAUGAGGUGGUCUCCUGAGGGAUCUCCUCCCAGACCUGGACUAAAGCAUCCGCCAACUCCUGGACAGUCUGAGGUGCAACGUGGCGUUGGUGGAUGGAGCGAGACAUGAUUUCCCAGAUGUGCUCAAUUGGAUUCAGGUCUGGGGAACGGGCGGUCCAUAGCAUCAAUGCCUUCCUCUUGCAGGAACUGCUGACACACUCCAGCCACAUGAGGUCUAGCAUUGUCUUGCAUUAGGAGGAACCCAGGGCCAACCGCACCAGCAUAUGGUCUCACAAGGGGUCUGAGGAUCUCAUCUCGGUACCUAAUGGCAGUCAGGCUACCUCUGGCGAGCACAUGGAGGGCUGUGCGGCCCCCCAAAGAAAUGCCACCCCACACCAUGACUGACCCACCGCCAAACCGGUCAUGCUGGAGGAUGUUGCAGGCAGCAGAACGUUCUCCACGGCGUCUCCAGACUCUGUCACGUCUGUCACAUGUGCUCAGUGUGAACCUGCUUUCAUCUGUGAAGAGCACAGGGCGCCAGUGGCAAAUUUGCCAAUCUUGGUGUUCUCUGGCAAAUGCCAAACGUCCUGCACGGUGUUGGGCUGUAAGCACAACCCCCACCUGUGGAUGUCGGGCCCUCAUACCACCCUCAUGGAGUCUGUUUCUGACCGUUUGAGCAGACACAUGCACAUUUGUGGCCUGCUGGAGGUCAUUUUGCAGGGCUCUGGCAGUGCUCCUCCUGCUCCUCCUUGCACAAAGGCGGAGGAAGCAGUCCUGCUGCUGGGUUGUUGCCCUCCUACGGCCUCCUCCACGUCUCCUGAUGUACUGGCCUGUCUCCUGGUAGCGCCUCCAUGCUCUGGACACUACGCUGACAGACACAGCAAACCUUCUUGCCACAGCUCGCAUUGAUGUGCCAUCCUGGAUGAGCUGCACUACCUGAGCCACUUGUGUGGGUUGUAGACUCCGUCUCACUUUCACCACUAGAGUGAAAGCACCGCCAGCAUUCAAAAGUGACCAAAACAUCAGCCAGGAAGCAUAGGAACUGAGAAGUGGUCUGUGGUCACCACCUGCAAAACCAGUCCUUUAUUGGGGGGUGUCUUGCUAAUUGCCUAUAAUUUCCACCUGUUGUUUAUUCCAUUUGCACAACAGCAUGUGAAAUGUAUUGUCAAUCAGUGUUGCUUCCUAAGUGGACAGUUUGAUUUCACAGAAGUGUGAUUGACUUGGAGUUACAUUGUGUUGUUUAAGUGUUCCCUUUAUUUUUUUGAGCAGUGUAUAUGGAUAGGUUACGAUUGGGCGCUGAGCAGGAAUCUCAAGGUUGCUGAUGAUAAUAACUUGGUCAAAUACCUGAUCAGAUAAUGAACUGACCUGAGCCCUCUGUGUUUUAUAGGGUUAUUUUGGGGCCGUCGGUGCCUUCCUGGAGCUACUGAGAAUCACAGACGACCUUUAAGACAGACAGACGGACGCAGACGAAACUCUGACCGUAAGACGCUGCUGCUCUACAGUUCCGGAAAAGCCACUGACUGGCCAAAAUGGGGAAAAAUCCAUUUGAAUAAUUUAACUGUUUUAAGAGGUUCUACUAAUUAUCCUCCUCCUCCUCGUCUGCUGAUGUUUUAGAAAACUGAUUUUUUAUAUUAUGAAUGCAGGCUGGAGGAGAUGAGGUUGGCAUUUUAUUUGCCACUGAAAAGUAAACCUUCCUGGUACUUGCUGUAUAUAGUGUGCUUAAGCCAAACCCUACUGAUUCCUGAUCAUAUGUGUGUUUUUCUUUGAUUCCUUAUUUGUUCUUUUCUUUUUACAAGAUGUAAGUAGUUAAAAUGAUCUUUAACUUAGGAGCAUUAGCUUUCAACUAUCCUUCACACUUUUUUCCUAAUCAAUCAUCCUAACCCAGUGUUCUGUGAUAUCAUUUGAGAUAUAAUCAAAUGUAUUAUCCUACUGUACAUAUGAAUCGUAAGCAGUUACUCUAUCAACCCAUUCUGUCAACCUGUCAUCUGUGGUUUGGCCAAUUUGUGAAAUAUUGACCAUUAAGCAGUAGCUAAAUUUGACAAAAAAUGUUGCGGGUUGAUUUUGUGUAAUAAUACACUGCAAUACCUCAUAGAACAUUUAAUAUAAUGGAUAUUUUUUAUCAGUAGCAGUGGAAUGACCAGUUCCCCAAAUCCUUCCUCUGCAUUCACUUGAAUCCAGUAUUCUGUCUAUCCUUCCCUGUCCCAUGCCUUAUAAUUCCGUCGCUGUUUUAAUGAAACCGUUAACUUUGGGACCAAGCAUUCAGUACUAAAUGAUCCUUAGAAACUUCACAAAGUAGAGAUGUUCCUCAGAAAAGCCGACUCACUGACAUGGACUAGCCUAGCAGGUGCGAUACAAAGUGUCCAUUGUGAGUCAUGAAGUGACUUUUCAAGAGUUCUAUAAAUAGUUAAUUCUACAGUUCUGUUUUCAUUCUCAUCAAAGAGGGGGUCCAUUUCUGCUUGACUUCCUACCUGUAAUAAUCAGUAUGUGUUUUAUGAUUGUAAUUGAAUAUGUUUUGGACGUACUGUAUUGAGUACUCUAGUCGAAAGGAGAUUUGAUUCUCCUACUGUAUCUCUCGGUUAAAUUUCAUGAUGGCAUUUGGUUUCAAGUGAAACUGCAUAGCUGGCCUGUGAACCGCUGUGUGCUGCAUACCCCUUCUGCCUUCCUGCCCUCUUCAGAGGGCCCCGUGACCAACCUCCUCAUCCAAACGAUAAACCCAGGCUGCUUCUGAAAUGGCACCCUAUUCCAUAUAGUGUGAUACUUUGGAACAGA